UAGCAGUGUAUUUUAUCUCUAGAUGGCGAAAAAGUAACACAAAUAAAUUAAACCUAAAUGUACAGUAUGAUUACAAUCAUACGUUUACUUACGAUAUUGAGUACUGUGAUUGAUUUUAGUUUUUCUGAAUACGAAUUGUAUGGGAAAUUUGUUUUUUUUUUUCACUUUUGCUUUUAAAAUUUCUUUUUAUUUAUGUUCCAGCGAAUUUGAGGAGGGGAAAAAACAGGAAACGGACUUCUUACUUUCACUUUCAAUUCAGCCUCGCCCGGGGAUCUGUAGACGCUUGUUACACUAGUCUUUUCUUUUUACUUAAAUUAUGUAAAGGUAGAGAAAUGCAAAUAAACGCUGGCCUCUUUAUUCUUCUACCUGUCGUGCUGCAGCAGACCAGUAGCGCCAGAACAGAUAAAAUCAUCUAUGGAUUAUUAAAUGGCCACGUUCAGAUAUCUCCAAGUUUAAGUGGGUCAUUUCAAGAGGUCAUAUGGCACUUCGGAGUUAAUAAGGUUGCUGAAUGGGAUUCCUUAACAAAUAAACCAGAUUAUUAUCCUCCUUUUAAAGGACGAACACAUCUUGAAAAAAAUGCAACUCUUUCCAUUGAAAACUUAACAGAGAAAGAUUCUGGUGGUUAUACUGUUGAUAUGCACAUCAAUGAAAAAGUGCAGACACAACAGUUCACUAUUGAAGUAAUCAGGCCGGUCUCCAAACCAAAUAUAACUGCUAAGUGCAAUGAAACCCAGUGCAGUUUAUCCUGUGAGGGCGACAGUACCGUUAGAGAAUACAGCUGGAGCAUCAAUGGACGGGUUGGUUCAUGGAGCAACACCGCUGAGAGGCUGCUGAUUUGGAGAAAUGAAAGCCUUGAAUACGUUUGUAAAGUUAGAAACCCCAAGAGUGAAGAGGAGAGCGAGCCCUUUGUCAUAGAACCCCUGUCAGGAGGACGUAUGCAUUUAAUCCUAAUUCUGCCAGUAGUAAUCUUACUCAUUACCCUUUUGUCUUUUGCCGUGAAAUAUGGAAGAAACGGAGAUACUAAACAAUAUAUGGGUGUGCCGUCAUCAGAGGCAUCUACAGAGCCUGAGAGUAAAAGAAUCCCCAGCACAUCAGAUGAUGAAACCCUGAAGCAACCUGAAGACACCCAGACCACAACAGAAGCAGAUGAUGUUCCAUAAUAUUAUUUCCUUGCUGAUGAAGAGUGAAAUCUGGCCUGAGGACACUUGAUAUACCAUAUGUAGAGGACUGCAGUAGCAGUGUCUAUGGAGAAAAAAAUGACAUCUUACUGGAAAGAUAUCAUUAAGCUCCAUCCAAAGAGAUGAUAUAAAUACAUGCAAUAUGUUAUCUUCGGAGAAAGUGGAAUUCUUUGAAGACAAAAUAAAACAUGUGACUUGAUGUUGUAGAAAAAGAGUGGCAACAGAACUGAUUAGUUUUAUUUGGAAACCUGGCGGCAUUUCGUAUAUGUCGUUGUCUAGUUCCAGUUUUGUGUAGUAAUUAGACAAGUGAGAGCCAUUCUGCAGCAUCACCACUUUGAUGCUUUAUCAUUUUAAGUUCCUUAAAAUAUGUUUAUCAAUGUAUGUUGAUGCAAAGUUUGAAAACUCUAUUUCUCAAGUGUGGCUGAAUUAAGGAGACACAGCACUAAUAUCACUGUAGUGAAACAUCACUUUUAUGUCAGUUCUCAACACUGCUUAAGGAUUGAAUGGAGUCGUAAGCUCAUUGCACAGGACAUGAACUGAACCGGAUACAGUGGUACUGAAAGACAUGUGACUGUCAUUCACCUGAAGAACAAAUGAAUAAUCUGUGUUAGUAACUUUUCUGUACCUUAAAAUGCUUGUUGAAGAGUGAGUGUUGAAUUUUUAGCUGCAUGUGUUUAUUAUUUUAAUGUUAUGAUUUAUUUUGUGUGAUACAUCUGUUGCAAUAACAAAUGUCUAUGCUGUAGAGUGGAAAUAUAUAUAUUCUCUCCUUCUGUGUCAUCAGGACAUAACCCUUCCUUACAUGCAGAGCAGGUCAGCUAGCUUGUUGAGAAGAUAGCAGCUAAUAUUUUGUUUAACUUAUUAUUUAAGUUUUGGAAAGGAUGAUAACUUUGCCAAGUGGCUCAUAUGAAAAUUAUGUAAGACUGGUAAUUAACAAAACAUAAACUGUUCUUUAAUUUGGAGUCUUUCAAAUUCUACAUUAUCUACAAUAAAUGUACAUAUUUUGCCAAAACUCUUACAACGACUGAACAAAUCCACCAAUAUUUCAGUAUUAAUUUCAGUAAGUAAAAUGCAAGAAUGAUAGAAGGAAUUUUGUAUUUGGGACUAAUGUUUAUACAGUGCUAUACUGUAGUUUCCUCUGUCUUUAAACUGACCCUCUAAUGCAUCAUUACAAACCUUUUUAGAGCUAUUUGUCUCAAAGGUUUUUGUGAGUGUAAAUUACCUUUGUACGUCACAAAAGAAAACAAAUUAAGGCAGGUAUAUAAAUUACAGAUACUGUAUUUUGCCUGUAAUACACUCAUAUUUUGAGUUAACAUCAAAUAGUUUGUUAAAAUGCCUUCAAAAAGGACAUGAGACUUGCACAAUAUGAUGUUUCAGGAGUGUAUGACUACAUAAAAUGUUAAUACUAUCCUGCGCACAACUGCCACAUCACAUCAUUUCAGAGU